UGACUAUAAAAUAUGAAUUUUGUCGCCCUUCAAGUUCUAGAGACGCGUUAGCUAUUCUUAUUUACUAUACUCGAUUCCCACGAGACGAAACCCGCAAGACGGGGGAGAACAAAAAUGUCCAACAUAAGACUGACAAAGGUCAAAGAAAGCGAUCUAAGUUAAAACCAGAUAUAUGAUCAAAAGCACCAAGGCCUCAGGAACCACAGAAUCAUCAAUUACCUCUACCUGCCAUGAAAAAGCUCUGCAAGAAAGGCCAGGUGCACCCUUCACCGCCGUCCAUCUCGGACCAUUUGGCGGUGCUCCCGGCGACAAUCCUAACCCUCACUGCGGCCCUCUCGGCUGAAGACAAAGAAGUCUUGGCCUACCUCAUCAUCAUCUCAAGCUCCAUUAACACUAGUACUUCUAGCAACUUUUCUGGUCAUGAUCCAGAAGCUGUUAUUCCUAGAUGUACUCAUGGUACUGAUCAAGGUAGUACUGAUUAUCACAGUGGUUGGGGAGAUCACACUCCGAUGUUUGAAUGCAACUGCUUUAGGUGUUAUAUGAGUUUCUGGGCAAGAUGGGAUGCAUCGCCUAGCCGUGAACUCAUACACGAGAUAAUCGAAGCUUAUGAAGAUGAUCAGCUGGUUAAGAAGAAGAAGAGGAGGAGGAGCGCAAAGAUGAAGAAAGCUGAGAGAAAGAAGAUAGCGACCGACGAGUCGAAGGGUACGGGUGAUCAGGAAGGCUCCGGGAAUAGAUCGGCAAUAAGCCGGGAUGAAGUGGGUGAGUCGGUAUCGGUGGAUGCGAGCGGCAGUACUAGUACUGAUGGUGUUAAGGUGACUAGCGAUCAUGUUGAGGUUGGCUGGGUGGGGAUGAGGGGGUGUGUGAGGAAGAUUGCGAGUUUCAUAGGAGAGAAGAUUUGGGCAGGUGUUUGGAUUAAUUAAUUGGUUAGUUUUCGGGCACAGAUAACUUUCUUCUCUUUCUUUAUUUUCCUCCUAGCCUUCUUUUUUUCCCUCUCUGUAACCAUACAUGCUGCAUUAAGUUGCAAAUCAUGGGACUGAGAUAAAUGGGUUUUUCCCCCCUUUCUGGGUUCUAGAUAUCCUUCAAGCCUUUAUAAAUUCUUUGUUCUAGCUUAUGCUAGCUUAAGUACUUUUCAAUGGUGUGUAACAUUUUUCUUAAUGGCAUUCUUCUUUAAUUGAUCUCAUCAUGUGAUCUCAUGUAUAAGAACCUUAAUACUAGCUAGCUGUGGGAUCAUGACCUUUUCCUUUUCUCCCUCCAGCUAUCUCAACAUUACAUGCAAAAUUCCUAUUUAUUUUCGGUUA